CAUGUACGAAAUUAAUAAAUUAGAAACUACAAAUAAUUGAUUGUGAUUAUAGUAAGCUCCCUUAACCAGACAAAACCCACAUUAACACAGAGACAGAGAGAGAGAGAGCGGUGUAUUAGGCUUUGGAGUUGGCCUUCCAUGCCACGGUAAUGGAGCCUGAAUCUGGACUUCCUUCUAAUCCUUCUCAGCUUUCAUGGGUCAAUCUGUCCAGGAAUCUAAUAUUAGCAUAUCAAAGCUUUGGCGUUGUAUAUGGAGAUCUAAGUACUUCACCACUCUAUGUUUUUUCAAGCACAUUUACGGGCAAGCUGCGGAAGCAUGAGGAUGAGGAAGUAAUAUUUGGUGCAUUUUCUUUGAUUUUUUGGACCCUGACACUGUUGCCUUUGAUUAAGUACGUUUUUAUUUUAUUGAGCGCAGAUGAUAACGGUGAAGGUGGCACAUUUGCUCUCUAUUCUCUGCUUUGCAGGCAUGCAAAGCUUAGUUUACUUCCCAAUCAACAAGCAGCUGAUGAGGAGCUCUCAACCUACAAAUAUGGUCCAUCAUCACUGAGUACCAGCUCUUCUGUACUGAAGAGAUUUUUGGAAAAGCAUAAGAGGCUGAGAACUGCCCUGCUUGUUGUGGUACUAUUUGGUGCUUGCAUGGUUAUAGGAGAUGGCGUGCUUACCCCAGCAAUAUCAGUUUUAUCAUCAGUAUCGGGGCUAGAAGUUACUGCGGCUAAGUUAACAAAGGGUGAACUCGUCUUGCUUGCCUGCGUCAUUUUGGUGGGCCUUUUCGCUCUUCAGCAUGUUGGUACUCACAGGGUAGCUUUUCUGUUUGCACCUAUUGUAAUUAUCUGGCUGUUCUCUAUAUUUUCCAUUGGAUUGUACAACAUUAUACACUGGAAUCCGAGGGUUGUCCGUGCAAUUUCUCCCUCUUAUAUUAUCAAGUUCUUCAGUCAGACUGGUAAAGAUGGUUGGAUUUCUCUUGGAGGGAUCCUUCUUUCCAUAACUGGAACUGAAGCUAUGUUUGCUGACCUUGGCCAUUUUACUGCCUUGUCUAUCAGGCUAGCAUUUGCAUUUGUUAUAUACCCUUGUCUGGUGGUACAAUAUAUGGGUCAAGCUGCAUUUCUAUCUAAAAACCCUCUCUCUAUUCGAAACAGUUUCUAUGACUCAAUACCCGAUCCUGUAUUCUGGCCAGUCUUUGUUAUUGCAACCCUUGCAGCUAUUGUUGGGAGUCAGGCUGUUAUUACUGCUACUUUCUCCAUUGUUAAGCAGUGCCAUGCCCUUGGUUGUUUUCCAAGAGUUAAAGUUGUUCACACCUCGAAACACAUAUAUGGACAAAUCUACAUCCCUGAAAUAAACUGGAUCCUCAUGAUCCUGACCCUAUCCAUUACUUUGGGAUUUCAAGACACAACUCUGAUUGGAAAUGCUUACGGACUUGCAUGCAUGACAGUUAUGUUCGUCACAACAUUUCUCAUGUCGCUUGUCAUAAUCUUCGUUUGGCAGAAAAGUAUAUUUCUGGCUGCAUCCUUCCUACUAUUUUUCUGGUUCAUUGAGGGUCUCUACCUUUCGGCUGCUUUAAUGAAAGUACCCCAGGGUGGGUGGGCACCACUCGUCCUCUCGGCCAUAUUUAUGCUCAUCAUGUUCAUUUGGCAUUAUGGGACUCGGAAAAAAUACAACUUUGAUCUGCACAACAAAGUUUCCUUGAAAUGGUUACUAGGUUUGGGCCCCAGCCUUGGCAUUGUCCGUGUGCCUGGUAUAGGCCUUAUAUACUCCGAAUUGGCCACAGGAGUGCCUGCAAUCUUCUCCCAUUUCGUAACUAACCUUCCUGCAUUUCACAAGGUUCUAGUGUUCGUUUGUGUAAAAUCAGUCCCUGUUCCAUAUGUUUCUCCUGAAGAACGCUUUCUCAUUGGCCGUGUAUGCCCAAGACCAUAUCGCAUGUAUAGGUGCAUUGUGAGGUAUGGAUACAAGGAUAUCCAGCGAGAUGAUGGAGAUUUUGAAAAUUUGCUUAUACAGAGCAUAGCUGAGUUCAUCCAGAUGGAAGCAGUGGAACCACAGUUUUCUAGCUCUGAGACCCCAUCACUUGAUGGUCGAAUGGCCGUUAUGAGUACGAGAUCUGUACAAUCAAGCAUGAGUUUAAUAGUAACCGAGCAAGACAAUAUUAGCAUCGACUCUAUCCAAAGCAGCAAAUCUAUAACCCUACAGAGUCUUCGAUCUGCUUAUGAAGAUGAUAAUCCGCAGAUCAGAAGGCGCCAAGUGAGGUUUCAGUUACCACCAAGUCCUGGGAUGGAUCCUGCAGUUAAAGACGAGUUGCUAGAUUUAGUUCAGGCUAAGGAUGCGGGUGUUGCCUAUAUAAUGGGACACUCAUAUGUCAAGGCUCGGAGAAAUUCCUCGUAUUUGAAGAAGCUUGCUAUCGAUAUGGGAUAUUCAUUUCUUCGAAAGAACUGCAGAGGCCCUUCUGUGGCACUUAACAUUCCUCACAUCAGCCUUAUUGAAGUGGGCAUGAUCUACUAUGUCUAGUUGUUUCGAGAGACUUCAUUGUCUCAUUGACCUUAGGCGCGUGGUCGUGUUUAAAGCACGGGGAUUACAGAAGUGUUCAUGAAAGGUAACAACAGUAUGCUGUUUUGAUAGAUAUGUUCUGCUAAACAAAGUCCUUGAUCUAUUUUCCCAUCUGUAGAUAACAUUCUGCAAUGUUCAAUCAUAUUAUGAAUUAUUUAGGUUUUUCA